UAUUUUUCUGCAGAAGAGAAUGAUUCAUUGUUGGAAAUUCUUUUCUUUCUCAUAGAAUAAUUUAGAUUUUUUAAUUAAUAAUUUCAAGUACUUCACAUGUUCGUGUACUUAAAAAUGAAUAAUCGUGUGCGAAGUAGGCGUUCGUCGUAGAAUUUUCGUGUUUUUAUAGUGUUUGUUCUAUUUGCAUUCCUCAUUAUUUUAGAUUUGAUUACCCAAUUUUAUACUAUUAUUAGGAAAUUUUAGUAAGCAAUCAAAAUAUCAAUCUUGAUUGUCAACAAGUUAUAAGAAUGGAAGUUCCUCUGCAUCGUUCGCGAUACAACAGGUCUCGAGAGACAUUUGGCAGAUAUUCGGAAAACUCCCUGCAUUCCAACUAUUUAGGAGCCAAAGAGUCGACAAAAUGUAUUACUCGUAUACCUUACGCCACUUUAAUCGCCACGAUCAUGUGCUGUGUUGGGGUCGGUAUUUUCUGCGGCACUAUGUACAGAGGGGUGACUCUAAGUGCACUGAUGAUGAAUGAUGUAUUCCAUAUUCACAUAUCGUGGUUACAAACUAUGCAGCUGAUUUUAGUAAUUAUUGGUAGCAUAAUGGGUGCUCUUGGAUUAAUGAUACUAUUUAUUGGAUUUUUAACUACUGGUGCUACGCGACACAAAGUAUACAGAGCGUGGCGAGCACGUAUAGGAGGCAGAAUUUCGUGCGCAGUGUAUAUGGUUAUAACAUACAUACUACAGAUUUUUUGGCUCUUUGUGUUCUGCUUGAUGGUUAUUAUAACCUUUGUAUUUACGCUAUUUUGGAAUUUAUGCUCUCGUACUUCGACAGAAAGGCGACAGUGUAUUGAUUUUAGACAGUUUGAUUUCAUUUUCCCGGAGGGUACUAAACCCGAAGAUAUGCAAGUAUGCGAUCCAGCGGAAUUGAAACCGUUUUGCAAAGAUUACGUUGAAAAUGUCGAAUUUAUGUUUAUUCUGGCCACAUCUGCGUGCGUGCUUAUUGUAUUAAGUUUGAUACAUUACUUGAUGUGUUUAUCGGCCAAUUACGCUCAUAUCAGAGAUCACGAAAAAUUACAAGAGUUACAAGAAUUGCAAUAUUUGCAAGACGCCGAGUUGACUUCCUCCAAAGACAGAUUUUAAUUAGCUUUUUUGUCGCACAACUCCUUAGCUUAUUGCAUUUAGCUUUAUAAAGACAAUUUUCUUGUUAUUCCUUUAAAUUUAGUACUUUUUUUAUUAUUUCUUUCGCGUUAAGUUUUUUUUUUCAUGAUUAUAUACGUACAAAUUUGAUUCAUUUUUUGAAAAAAUCGCCGAAUUUUUUUUUACUACUUUUUAAUUUAAUUUAUCGAGCUUUUUCAACUGCCAUUUGAAUAUUACGAAUUUAUAUUGUGAUCGUUGUGAUAAUAAUAUUUUUCAUGUACCAUUUGGUACUUCAGGCGGUGAAAAAAAAUAAUAAAAUUCAUUUUUAUUGAUCAUUCCAAUUUUUACAUUAUUGUGAUAUUUAUCGGUGUUCAUUUGUUACGUUUCGUCCAUGUUGAAAUUUUUCAUCGAGUAGAAAAUAAUAGCAUUUGGUUGUUUUAAAAAUGAUAGACAAUUUUUUUUUUUUAAUUUUGUACGUUAGAAUAUGAACAUAUCAUUUUUUUCCUAAUUUUUAGAUUAUAUUGUAAAUUUAUCCUCAAGGUUCAUGUAUUCGUGUUGUAUGGUUAAGAUUUGGUUUCAGCAGGUUCUGUUGGAAGAUUUUUUUUUACAUUGCAAUGAAAGUUAGAGAAGUAUGGCAGCUUUGUGAUUUAGCCUGUUUUUUUAUUUUUUGUAUUUGUAAUAAACGGGAUUCUUUGUACGUA